AUGUCUACAGAUGUGGAGAAGUUCCACUUCAUGUUGUGCUUAUUACACGUGUCUCCCGUUACCGGUGCGGCAUGUAUGUGUGUGUUGAUAACCUUCACUUACUCGUUGUAUUCAUUUUUCAUACAUAUAUACACGAAUGUGUUUGCAUAUUUUAUCUUAUAUAUUCGGCAAGACGUUGCUGUCGGAGCUUUUUUUUGUAGUUGCAUGUCGCCACAACGUCGAUUUAUCCAUAGAACCUUUGAUAGAGCAGGCGUCGGUCCCUCCGCUGCGUCGGCGGGGACCUCGGUUUUGGGUGUGAAGCUGUAA